CAUAGUACUCCUUAAGCUUGUAUACUAACUACAUUGGUCGUUUCUUCGAAAAAUGGGGAGAACGGCCAAUUUUUCCUUUACAUUUCUCUUGUUCCUAUUGGCUAUUUUUGCCACGUCAGCGGAGGCGAGGAAGUCAUUCGCCUGCGAUCCCAAAAAUCCAGCCACCAAAACGCUGCCGUUUUGUCGAACUAAUUUACGCACAGAAGAUAGGGUUAGGGAUUUGAUCCGCCGUUUGACGUUGCAGGAGAAGGUUAAGCUCCUAGUCAACAAUGCCGCCGCCGUGCCGCGGCUGGGGAUCGUGGAGUACGAGUGGUGGUCGGAGGCGCUUCACGGCGUUUCCAACGUCGGUCCGGGGACUAAAUUCGGCGGCGAGUUUCCCGGCGCCACCAGCUUCCCGCAGGUCAUCACCACCGCCGCCUCUUUCAACGCCUCCUUGUGGGAGGAGAUCGGCAAAGUCGUUUCAGACGAGGCUCGAGCAAUGUACAAUGGCGGAAUGGGGGGUUUGACAUAUUGGAGCCCUAACGUGAACAUAUUCCGUGACCCACGGUGGGGGCGGGGGCAGGAAACUCCGGGAGAAGAUCCGAUGGUCGCCGGCGAAUACGCCGCCAGAUAUGUCAGAGGUUUACAAGGCACAGACGGCGGCGACCGGCUGAAGGUGGCGGCGUGUUGCAAGCACUACACGGCGUACGAUCUCGAUAACUGGAGUGGGGUCGAUAGAUUCCACUUUAAUGCUAAGGUAAGCAAGCAAGACAUUGAAGAUACAUUUGAUAUACCGUUUAGAAGUUGUGUAAUGGAAGGCAAAGUUGCAAGUGUGAUGUGUUCGUACAACCAAGUCAACGGCAUUCCCACCUGCGCUGACCCUAAACUUCUCCGAGGCACUGUUCGAGGUGCUUGGCGUCUCAAUGGGUACAUUGUUUCGGAUUGCGACUCUGUCGGCGUGUUCUACGAUAAUCAGCAUUACACAUCAACUCCAGAAGCAGCAGCUGCUGACGCAAUUAAAGCAGGAUUGGAUUUGGAUUGUGGGCCCUUCCUCGGUGUGCACACAGAGAAGGCCAUACAAGGUGGCCUGCUAAAGGAAGCAGAGAUAGAUAAUGCAUUGUUCAAUACAAUCACUGUCCAAAUGAGACUCGGCAUGUUCGAUGGAGAACCGUCUGAUCAUCCGUACGGUAAUCUCGGCCCUAAGGAUGUCUGCACCGGGCCCCACCAAGAACUUGCCCUCGAAGCCGCUAGACAAGGCAUUGUCUUACUCAAGAACCGCGGCCCCGCGCUUCCACUUUCUUCAAGACGACAUCGUCCUAUUGCCGUCAUCGGUCCUAAUUCUGACGUCACUCUCACCAUGAUAGGCAAUUACGCCGGCGUUGCUUGUGGAUACACGACUCCGUUGCAAGGAAUAAGAAAGUACACGAGGGCGAUUCAUCAGCCGGGGUGUGCUGAUGUGGCAUGUAGUGACGAAGCGAUGUUUGGUGGGGCGGUUGAGGCGGCUAGGCAGGCGGAGGCGACUAUUAUGGUGAUGGGGUUGGAUCAAUCUAUUGAAGCUGAGUUUAGAGACAGGGCGGGGCUUUUGCUGCCUGGGCGGCAACAAGAGCUGAUUUCUAAGGUGGCUGCCGCUUCGAAGGGUCCGGUGGUUUUGGUCCUAAUGAGCGGCGGUCCGAUUGAUGUAUCGUUUGCUGAAAAUGAUCCGAAAAUUGGAGCUAUUUUGUGGGCUGGCUAUCCUGGCCAAGCUGGUGGUGCUGCUAUUGCUGAUGUUCUCUUUGGAUCUCACAAUCCAGGUGGAAAGCUUCCUAUGACGUGGUAUCCACAAGAAUACCUCAACAACUUGCCUAUGACAACAAUGGAUAUGAGAUCGAAUCCAUCAAGAAACUAUCCGGGCAGGACUUAUAGAUUCUACAAAGGACCCGUCGUUUAUCCGUUCGGGCACGGUAUGAGCUACACGAGCUUUGCGCACGCGGUGUCCGCUGAUGCUCCGACGGUGGUUUCCGUCCCGGUGGACGGGCGGCACCACCACCUCUACAACGACACCGCCUUUUCCGGCGGAGCGGUCCGGGUGACACACGCUAGGUGCAAGGGGCUGUCGCUUAGUGUGGGCAUGGAUGUGAAGAAUACGGGCUCGAGGGACGGGUCCCACACGCUGCUCGUGUUUGCCAGCCCGCCUGGCGGGGGAUGGGCUCCGCACAAACAAUUGGUGGCAUUUGAGAAGGUGAGGGUUGCGGCGGGAGGGCAGGAGAGGGUCGCGGUGAGGAUUCAUGUAUGCAAGUUCUUGAGUGUGGUGGAUGGAGCCGGGAUUCGGCGGAUUCCGAUGGGAGUGCAUGCGUUGCAUAUUGGUGGUGUUAAGCAUUCUGUUUCACUUCAGGCGCAUGUUCUAGGGGUCAUCAAAUCCUAAAUUGCUCUUUUUUAAUUAGUUCAAUUAGGUUUGAUGUUAAUUUAAAAGGUCAUAGAAAAUUAAAGAAUGGGGAAUAUGAGGAGUAAUCCUCUCCUUAACUCUUUAGAAUUUUCAAUUUUCAUGAAGAAAUAUGAAAUGGAAGGAAA